CAAAGGAAAACGGCUGAAGAGAGUUAGAAAAAUGGAGGCAAUGUUAGGUCACUCGCCCGGGUCGCCUCAAUAAACAAACAAGAACCCGGAAAACGGCAGAAACAGAACUCACCAAUACUAGGCACUUGGGCGGUUAAAAACUUCAGCCAUAGGGGGAGGUGGAGAGCUGAAACCUAACAGUCAGGCGCGUUCAAAGACAAAAUUCUACUCUACCUCUCGAUAAUUUCGUUUUUUUAUUUCACAUAAACUGAUCGCAAAUUCAUUUAUCUAUUGAAAUCGUUAGGUAAGACUUGAUUGAUUUCUAGUCGGCUUGACUUUGAUUGGAUUCACCCUGGCGGUUACCGACACCAGAUUUAUGAUUGAUCGAAUCGAGCCAUGGAGAUGAGAACGAUGAUACGGCUUGAUUGGUUUUACCAGUGAUAUAUGUUCGUUUAUGAAAAGAAGAAGAAGAAGAAGAAGAAGAAGAAGAACAAGAAAGGAAUUCGAUUUUUGAUUUGGUUGUUAUUGUUUUAUGACGUGAACAUCAAUUGAGCUGGGGAGAUGAGUACUGGGAGGCAGACAGUUCGGGACCUCAUCGAGGAAGCCAAGAAGCGGAUCUUAUUGCUAGUCAUAUGCGUGGUUGGGCUAUCUUAUCUUAUGUCCUUGACCAGCUCUUCUGUUUGGGUCAAUAUGCCUGCUGCUGCAUCCUUAAUUGUACUCCUCAGCUAUAUAUCAAUUGAAAUUGAGUCAAGAAGAAGAGCUGCAGCUCACAGUGAUAAACUAUCCUCAUCCAAUAAACUUUUUCGAAAGAAGCCUCCUGAAGUUCCAAAAGUUUCCCUUGAAAAGUCCAACUGGAGAAAGAAGGUGAAUUCCCCUGUUGUUGAAGCAGCAAUAGAUCAGUUCACUAGACAUCUAGUUUCUGAGUGGGUGACAGAUCUCUGGUACUCUCGCUUAACGCCUGAUAGAAAUGGUCCAGAGGAACUGGUGCAAAUAAUAAAUAGUGUCCUUGGAGAAGUUUCAUGUCGUGUGAGGGAUAUAAAUCUCAUCGAUCUUCUUAUCAGGGAUGUUACCAAUCUUAUUUGCACUCACUUAAAGAUUUUUCGCACAAGUCAAGCCAAGAUUGUCAGGCAACAGUUGCAAGAGCUAACAAUUGAUCGUCGGGAUCUGGAACUAAAGCAAGUUCUGGCUGCUGAAAACAAGUUGCAUCCUGCUUUAUUUUCUGCAAAAGCUGAGCAUAAGGUUUUGCAGCAUUUGAUGGAUGGACUCAUCUUGCUUAGUUUCAAGCCUGAAGAUCUGCAGUGCUCUUUCUUCCGUUAUGUUGUCAGAGAGCUUCUUGCUUGUUCAGUGAUGAGGCCAGUCUUGAACUUGGCUAGUCCAAGGUUUAUUAAUGAAAGAAUUGAGUCUUUGGUUCUUUCUAUUACCAAGAAGGCUGAUAAAGGGGUCACUACUUCGACACAGGAUGCAUCCCAUCCGAAGCCAAAUGGGCCUUCAAGGAUUUCAUCUGAUCAUUUCGCAGGAUUCCAAGAUCAAUCUGUUACAGGUGUUGAACUUAUGCAGUUUAAGCUGGAGCACUCUAGAACUGCCUCUGGUGAAUCUGUGAAAGAAAAAAUGAAUGGAACAUCUCAUUCAAAGGAUCCAUUGCUGUCUAUUGAUACUCAAUCUUCUCACUCUUGGGGUUCUUUACCCUUGGAUUUCCUAAACAGUGAUAGAAAGGAAGGACAAAACUACAAAAAUAAAGAAGGUGCAAAUCAGUUGGCUAAACACAUGACAGAAAAUUUGGCUGCAGGGAUUCCUGAUACAUUUGAUCAGUCAAAGCUGACAUCUGAGCACCGGUUGAAGAAUGGAACUACCAAGUUUGAUAUUUCCCAGAGGAACACAAGUCUCUCUCCACAUGAUAAUCAAUCUGUGGCAGAACAUUUACAUGCCCGUACUGAUGGAAACAAAGCAAUUCACCCUCAAACCACAGCCUAUCAAGAUGUGCAUGAACAUGAACAUGAACAUGAACAUGAUCAGAUGCUUUCGGAGGAGGUUGAAUCAGAGAGUAGUAGCUCUUAUACUGAAGAAGAUGAAAAAGGCACAGUGACUGGUCUCGAUUCUCCUGAGACCAAAGUUUGGGAUAGUAAAAACAAUAGAAGUGCUGCUGGUUCUUACAGACACCAUCCGCUUGAAAAUUCUGGACGUCAUAUGGUGAGGAAGACUGGUAAAGGGCGUCUUCAUCACCCAAGAUUAUCUAAAAUCCAGUCAGGCAGGAAAAGGAGCAGAUUAAGCAAUCAGAAGGUGAACACCUGGCAAGAGGUUGAGCGAACAACUUUCCGUUCGGGAGAUGGACAGGACAUAUUAAAUUCAUCUAAGGAAGAUGCAAAAGCUGAGGAUUCUAGUGAUGAUCCUGAACUGGAAAGCUGGGGUAGAGUUCACAGUGGAGCAGCUGCCCCUUCAUCUGCUCCAUCUAUUUCUAUAACCGAAGCUUUUAAUUCAUCCAACUCCCUGGAAAAAUCCUUGUUGACAGACUCAUUCUUUAAGUUGAGAUGUGAGGUAUUGGGUGCCAAUAUUGUGAAGAGCGGUUCUAUAACAUUUGCUGUCUAUUCCAUUUCUGUUACCGAUGCAAAUAAUAACAGUUGGUCCAUCAAAAGAAGGUUUCGUCAUUUUGAGGAGCUGCAUCGGCGUUUGAAAGAAUUUCCACAGUAUAAUCUUAAUUUGCCUCCCAAACACUUUUUAUCAACAGGUUUAGAAAUCUAUGUUGUUCAAGAACGGUGUAAACUGCUUGACGAAUAUUUAAAGAGGCUACUGCAGCUUCCAACGAUAUCAGGUUCGAUAGAGGUUUGGGAUUUCCUUAGCGUUGAUUCUCAGAUGUAUAUGUUCUCAAAUUCUCUUUCGAUCAUUGAAACAUUAUCUGUUAACCUUGACAAUAAGUCAAAUGAAAAAAGUACCAAGGUUCAGAAUCUGGUCUGUGCUGCAAAUGAUCCCUCAUUGUACAGAAGGGAGCACUUAAACACAAACAGAAAGGAAACCACAUUGCAGAUAAAGCGGAAGCUUGUAGCAGAAAAUCCAGGAUUGAGAAGAAGAAACAUAUCAUUUUUGCCAGAUAAAAUCACUGGUAAAGAACAUGAAAAUCCUGUGAAAGCUUCAGUUAGUAACUCAGAUAGUAGGUUGCAAAGAAGUGAUUGUUAUGCCAGAAAAUCUGAAAUUGCUCGAAAAGAAAGAGGAAGUGUUAAUCCUCAGGGAACGUCUGAGGUGCUUCUUGAUGCUGCUACCGAUCCAACACUUCCUACAGAGUGGGUACCACCAAAUCUGAGCGUACCAAUACUAGAUUUGGUGGAUGUCAUCUUUCAGCUUCAUGAAGGUGGGUGGAUCAGGAGGAAGGCUUUUUGGGUUGCCAAACAAGUAUUGCAGCUGGGGAUGGGUGAUGCUUUUGAUGAUUGGCUAAUUGAAAAAAUCCAGCAUCUGCGAAGGGGAUCUGUAACUGCUUCAGUAAUCAAGCGGGUUGAGCAGAUCCUUUGGCCUGAUGGUAUCUUCAUCACUAAACAUCCCAAGCAUCGAAGACCACCACCACCAUCUGUAAUUCAGUCCCAGGUUCCACAUCACGACAGUCAGCAACCUCAGAUAUCUUCCCCUAAGAAAGAGGGUGUGCUGACCGAUGAACAGAAACAAGAAGAAGCUGCUCGACGUGCUAAAUUUGUUUAUGAACUGAUGAUAGAUAAGGCACCAGCUGCUCUCGUAGGUCUAGUUGGUCGUAAGGAAUAUGAACAGUGUGCUAAGGAUCUUUAUUUCUUUCUUCAGUCUACUGUUUGUCUGAAGCAGCUGGCUUUUGACCUUCUUGAACUGCUACUGUUAUCGACAUUUCCAGAGCUUGAUGGUGCUAUUAAGCAGUUGCACGAAGAUAAGCAAAAGUUUGGACAGCUCCAGUUGAACUAGAUGGAAUUAUUUUAGUCUGCCACUUGAGCUUUACCAUGUUUUUGUUUGCACUGAGGUGUGGAAUGAAGGUUUCCCAGGGCAGGCUCAUCAUGCUAUUCGAGAUGCAGCUUAUGGUACCCAUUGUACAUAGUCCUUACAGGUUCACAGUUUGCUUUGGAAUGAGUUCUUGUUUGGCAUCUUUACAUCCUUCCUGUAAUUGCCAAUCAUUUUUUUUCUCCUUGGUUUGGACUGACUGUCUCAGUCUAACCAAGAGAGUUUCUGGCUGAGAAAAGAAAAAUUGUGUUAUUCCCCUCUAUUCGGGAGUUUUCAAUCAAAAAAGGAACAAAUAAAGAUAAAGGAAGGAAAGGAAGGAAAUGCAUAGAAAUCAAUUGGUUUGUUACAA